GCCGGAUACUUUCCUGGUAGACACAGGAGCCCAGCAUUCAGUCCUCACUCAAGCUUCAGGACAACUCAGCGACCGGACGGCCUGGGUACAAAGAGCUACUGGUGAGAAACAAUACCGAUGGACUACGGACCGCCGGGUUCAGCUGGCUACCGGUAAGGUGACCCAUUCCUUCUUACAUGUUCCGGACUUCCCGUACCCUCUGCUGGGCCGUGACCUGCUCACCAAACUAAAAGCACAAAUUCAUUUUGAAGAAGGAGGGGCCCAAAUAACUGGCCCCCACGGAACUCCCCUUCAAGUUCUAACCCUACAAUUAGAGGAUGAAUAUAGACUAUAUGAACCGGGACAGGACAAGCCACAAUCCCUAGAAAUAGACACUUGGGUCACGAAUUUUCCACUGGCUUGGGCAGAGACUGGUGGGAUGGGGUUGGCACUCCAACAGCCCCCCUUAAUUAUACAGUUAAAGGCCACUACAACUCCAGUCUCCAUAAAACAAUACCCCCUGUCACAUAAAGCUUAUCAAGGUAUAAGGCCUCACAUUACGAGGCUUCUGGAUCAAGGCAUCCUAGUCCCCUGCCGGUCGCCUUGGAAUACGCCUCUUCUGCCUGUUAAGAAACCCGGCACUGGAGAUUAUAGGCCAGUACAAGACUUGAGAGAUGUCAACAAGAGGGUAGAAGAUAUUCAUCCGACUGUUCCAAACCCUUACAAUUUGCUCCUGACUUUAGGGUUCAGCAUCCCACCCUCAUACUCCUGCAAACCUUUUGAACUGUUCAUCGAUGAGAAACAGGGGUAUGCUAAAGGGGUCCUAACACAAAGGUUGGGACCCUGAAAACGCCCUGUGGCCUACCUGUCUAAGAAAUUGGACCCUGUGGCCUCCGGCUGGCCACCGUGCCUAAAGAUGGUGGCUGCUAUUGCUGUCCUGAUCAAGGACGCUAAAAAAUUGACUUUGGGACAGCCACUCACCAUCCUAGCACCCCACACAGUGGAGGCCUUGGUAAAGCAGCCCCCAGACCGCUGGCUCUCUAAUUCUCACACCAAGCCUUGUUACUGGAUGCAGAACGGGUUCAGUUUGGGCCCGUAGUCGCCCUCAAUCCUGCCACCUUGCUUCCUCUACCAGAGGAGGCAGAACAGCAUGACAACAGCUUCUUGACAGAGGGAGAGCAAAAGGCUAGAGCUGCGGUCACUACAGAAGACAAAGUGAUUUGGGCGAAAGCCCUGCCUGCUGGUACCUCCGCACAACGGGCUGAACUCAUCGCCUUGACUCAGGCGCUCAAGAUGACAAAAGGUAAGAGGCUAAAUAUAUAUACAGACAGCCGUUAUGCCUUUGCCACGACACACAUCCACGGGGAGAUCUACCGGAGGCGGGGGCUGCUCACAUCUAAGGGUAAAGAUAUUAAAAAUAAGGCUAAAAUUCUGGCCCUCUUAGAAGCCCUAUUCUUGCCCAAAAGACUGAGUAUUAUACAUUGUCCAGGACACCAGAAAGGGCACAACCCAGAGGCACGAAGAAACCGGCUGGCCGAUGCCACGGCGCGAGAAGCGGCCAUGAACAAACAAAUCUUGCCCUUAAAUAGCCCAGACCAACCCACGCCCCCACCAGUGGGACAAACCAGUUGGGUUUAUGCCCAUGAGGACAUAGAGCUCCUAAAGAAUGGGGACCAUCUACCACCCUCAACUAAAACAGUGGGUCUACAAAAGACUUUUAAAUUGAUCUCCUUUUUACAUAAAUUAACCCAUUUGGGGUUUAAGAAGAUGAAAACCUUACUAGAUCGAGAAGAGAUAAAUCUAUGUUUUUUAAAUCGGGACAAAGCGAUACAAAAGGUGACUGAGAGUUACAAAGCGUGCGCUCAGGUUAACCCGGGAAGGACCAUGAUUGGACAAGGAGUUCGUCCUAGGGGACACCGUCCCGACAUCCAUUGGGAAAUUGAUUUUACUGAAAUUAAACCAGGUAUAUAUGGAUACAAGUAUCUCCUAGUGUUUGUAGACACCUUCUCAGGAUGGGUCGAAGCCUUCCCCACAAAGCACGAGACUACAAAAAUGGUCACCAAGAAGCUCCUCGAGGAAAUCUUUCCCAGCCCUUCUCUGAGGGCCCAUUUACAGGCCCUACAGAUUGUGCAGAGAGACGUCUGGAGACCUUUGGCCGCUGCUUACCAGGACAAGCUUGAGCAUCCGGUGGUGCCACACCCGUUCCAGAUUGGAGACACCGUGUGGGUGCGCAGACACCAGACCAAGAAUCUCGAGCCACGGUGGAAAGGACCCUACACCGUCCUCCUGACUACCCCGACCGCCCUAAAGGUAGACGGAGUCUCGGCUUAGAUCCACGCACCACACGUCAAGGCAGUCCGGUCUGAGGAAUUGACUAAUCACAACACUACACCCCAGACAUGGAGAGUUCAGCGCACUCCAAACCCCUUAAAGUUAAAACUCCUACGUGGCUCCUCCUAGCCCUUUUGUGGCCUAGAGUCAGUGGGGAAAUAAGCCCCCACCAGACAGAAAUUUCUUGACCAAGUCGAGUGAAAGAUUUCACUCAAAGUUAACAAAAAAAAAAAAAAUGGGGGAAUGAAAGACCCCAGCUUAGCAGCAGUAACGCCAUUUUACAAGGCUGUACUUAAGAUGACUGGUUCAGGGAAAGGUUAGAACACUGAGUACACAGCGGCUGCCAAGCAGGAUGUGUUUGGUUGAAGGCCUGGCAACAGGACGACUUCGGUUGAGCACCUGACAAUGAAAAAAAGCCCCGGGAGAGGUCCCACACCCUGGUGGGGGGCCGAGUCAGUCGUUAUGUUCCAAGAAGGUAGCUAAGAAACUUGCCCCCCGGGCUGAACCCUUGGGGGGCCGAGUCAGCCGUUAUGUUUCAGGAAGGUAGCUAGGAAACUUGCCCCCGAGCUAAACCCUUGCCAUAUUAGAAUCCACCAAUUAUAUCCCUGUAACCAUGCAUCUGCUUCUGUAUGCUUGCUUCUGCUCCCCAGAAUUCUAUAAAAAGCCCAUCCUUGGUUCCGUGGGGCGCGCCAGUCCCCCGAGUGACUGAAGCGCCCGCAGGUGCCUGUGCCUGUGUAUCCCGACAAUAAACCAAAUCCUCUUGCUGAUUG